GGAUUACAAAAUUUAAUUAAACAUAUUAAUAAUGGAAAUAAACAUGGUGUUCCUGUAAUUGUAGCGAUAAAUAAACAUGCUACUGAUACCGAUGGCGAACUUGAAUUAGUUAAAGAGGCUGCUGUUAAAAAUGGAGCUUUUGAUGCUGUUGUUUGUAAUCAUUGGGCUGAAGGAGGAGCUGGAGCUGUUGGUUUAGCCGAUGCGGUUAUAAAAGCUUGUGAAACUCAAAAUUCAUUUAAAUUUUUGUAUGAUGUUAAUAUGGGAAUUGAAGAAAAAAUUUUCGCUAUAGCUAAAGAAAUGUAUGGAGCUGGAAAUGUCGAGUAUUCUGAAAAAGUUAUGGAAUCUAUUAAGAAAUACACUGAACAAGGUUUUGAUAAACUUCCAAUUUGUAUGGCAAAAACGCCGCUAUCAUUAACUGGUGAUCCAACAAUUAAAGGCGCACCAACUGAUUUUACUUUAAAAAUUAAUGAUAUUUCAAUUUCUGUUGGUGCUGGAUUUAUUAUUCCAAUUUGCGGAGAGAUUACAAGAAUGCCAGGAUUACCAACCAGACCUUCCAUUUUCGAUAUUGAUUUAAAUACAGAAACUGGAGAAAUUGAAGGACUUUUUUAAAAAUUAUAUAAUAAUGUUGACAUAAUUUUAUAA